CCAAAUACGCAUCGAGUCUCUAACGAUUAGGGGCAGUUAAACAGUGUGUCCCAUCACCACACAAUAUACUUCGGAGAAAGUCGCAUAAGGCCAACGACGAGGUUGAACAAACCGAACAAACACACACACACAUUGUCGUCAUAUCAUCAUUUGGGGGCGAAUAAUUUUCAACGGAAAAAAGUUCCUCAGUUCUAUGGUGAGUGUGGUGCGGAAAAUACAAAACGAAUUUCUUCGGUCAAGAAUUUCCUGGGUGUUUUUUCGGGGACAACAAAUUCUCAUAUUCGUUACGUGUUCACUGAGUGGUGAAAAAUAGAAAUUUUGCCUUAUACCGUUAUUAAUCGCUGUCACAGUGAUCGUUUUUAGAGGUUUUUUUUUCGAAGAUCAUUUUGGGUUCAUUUUUUUUAAAUUGAAAAGUAAUAGAUCUGUCAUUUAUUACUAUUUUGUGUGAAUAAUCUGAAGAUAUUCUCGGUGAAAAGGUCAAGAAGUGGUUGAGGGUUGAGAGUGAGUGAGUAGUGAAUGUGAUGCUGUGCGUGCUGCAGUAUUAUACGUCGUAGGUGUAUUUUUAUAUUGAAGUGUGCUUAAGUGUCAUCUCCUCUUUUUUAUUUUAUUGUUGAGUUCAUAAAGAAAUCUUUUCAUCUGUCAUUUGACGUCUGCUUGUGUCAUUCCGGUGUGCGAUAUAAAAGUGCUUAUAGAAGUGCUUAUAGAAGUUAAAAGAAAGCAAGAAAAUUGCGUUUUGAAUUUAUAUCCUUAAUUGAAUUACCGCUGUGCUAUAGAAAAUUAGAAAAGAAGCAAGAAAAAAAUAAAUAAAAGCAAAGUAUAGUAGAGUGAAGAAAUAAACGUAUAGAUACUCAAAAAGCAAUAGGAACAAAAAUAAUAAAAAAAAAAACGUAACGUUAGAUAUAAAUGAAGACAAUGGAGAUAAUUGGAUUACUGCUGAAUUUGGCUGCGUUAACAGUUUAUACAGUAGUAGCCAGCGAUGAUGUCCUCACACUUAGUCCAUCCACCGAUAAAGUAGUUCGUUUUACCAAUGAAUCUCACAUAGUUUUAUGUAAUGCCCCCACCGAUCUGAAAAUCCAUUGGAAAUCACCAAAAGGUGAUAUUAUGAAAGAUGUCAAAGGUCGAAUUCACAUUGAAGAAAAGACUCCAGGACAAUUGGCCCUCAUCUUUGUGCACAUCGCUCUUAGCGACAAGGGUAAUUGGACGUGUGAAGAUGUCGAUGGUACAGCGAACGCCAACAAGUCCUUUAAUCUUGUUGUAUAUCAAAAAAUCUCAUUCACUGAAAAUGCGACUAUCCUAACUGUCAAGGAAGGUAAAAAUGCGACAAUUCUUUGCGAGGUUAAAGGUGAUCCCGAACCAACCGUAUCCUGGCAACUUAAUGGACAACCAAUUGAAUUCUCUACAUCGAAGUUCCGCAAGCUAGCUGAUGGAUUACUUAUCCACAAGGUGACGCAAAAUGACACCGGCGAGUAUACGUGCAAAGCGUAUCAAUUUACAAAGGAUAUCUCGGAUGUACAAGAACGAACCGUCCUGAUGAAAAUCGAACAUAAGCCAUUUUGGACACACAAACAUCACGUUAGCAUGCAAUAUGGAUACCCAGGUGGCAGGACGAGCAUUUCGUGCGAGGCCAUUGCUGAACCACCAGCAAAUUUUACUUGGUACCGCAACAAGAAGCGUCUGCACUCCGAUAAGUACAUCAUCCACAACGAACCCUACAUCUCGACUUUGGUGAUAGAUAUCAAAGAUGAGACUUUGUACGACACAUACAAAUGUAAGGCGGCCAACAGUCAGGGUGCCAUUGAGAGAUCUACCCAGUUGGAGAAGGGCACAAAGCCACCGCCACCAAUUCAUCUGCAAUUGCGAGGCUUCAAUUCGAAUACAUUUGAUGUGGAUGUUGGUUCGGUACGUACAACGCCAGUGAGAAAUUUAAUGGACGUGAAUGGCUUCCGGAUUGAAUUCAUGACCGACUAUGAAUUCAAGUCGGCCGCCGGCAAUUGGAGCUAUGCCAAGCGAAAGGAUUUUCCAUUCGAAGAUGGAGCAACAUUUCUGAUUGGCAACUUAGAAUCCAACACAACCUAUCUUAUGCGUGCUGCGUCCAAAAAUCUCGCUGGUCUUAGCGAUUGGACUAAAGUUGAAAAAUUCACCACACUUUCCAAUGAACCACCUAGCGGUGGUCCUCGAUCUGUCAGCCUGCUUACCGCUUUAGAAACUCUAUGCAUUUCAUUUGCUGUGAUUGCUGUUAGUAAUGUGAGACCAUUUUCCAACACCAGAGGGCGACACCAUAUACCAGUGUCACAUGGAUUGUGAGGUUAUAAAUAAAUAAUAUAACUUCAAAAAGUCAAUCAACAACAUUCCUGUGGUGGUGAAUUUUUUUUAUUUUUCAAUGCGAUGUUAUUACAUACAAAUUUGCUUUGUUUACUAUUAAUUUUUUUUUUUUUGUUCUGCCUUUGUACACAGAGUUAUAAGUUCGAGUAUCGAAGUAAAAUAAAAUAAAAACAGAGACGAUUUAUUAGAUACGAAAGUUAAAUGAUAAGUGAAAAAAAAAUUAAUAAG